CCUGUGGCUCAUACUUUCACGCGCGUUGCCUACAUCAACAUUCGCGCUCAUUCUGCUUGCAUGCGCAGUUGUGUGGAAGAUUUAGGGGUUACGAUACUAAACAAAAGCAAGUGUUACAUAUUACUAUUCAUCACAAGGAAUAAAUAUGGAUUGCUCUGAAGAGGUGCAGUCACUCUCAGAUGAAGCCAGUACACCCAUGGAGUUAAAGAGAGGAAUGUCAAUAUUUUUGGAUAUAUUGAGAAGAGCUGACAAAAAUGAUGAUGGGAAGCUGUCCUUAGAUGAGUUCAAGUCUUAUUUCUCAGAUGGCGUUCUGUCGGGAGAUGAACUGAAGGAGCUUUUCCAUACAAUUGAUACUCAUAACACAGACAAUGUGGACACGGAUGAGCUCUGUGAAUACUUUUCUCAGCAUCUUGGAGAAUAUGAAAAUGUCCUUGCUGCCCUGGAAGACCUGAACGUCUCCAUACUGAAAGCCAUGGACAAAACCAAGAAGGAGUAUCAAGAGUCAACACAUUUGGAACAGUUUGUGACACGCUUCCUCCUGAAGGAGACCACCAGUCAGCUGCAGUCUCUGCAGAGCUCUUUGGAGUGUGCUAUGGAGACCACGGCUGAACAGACCCGACAGGAGAGAAAAGGACCUGUGAAGCCCGAGGUGCUGUCGAUUCAGUUGUCAGGACGGAGAUCAAAUCGAAGACUUCAAAGGAACAACAGCUUGUCUCCAAACAACCCACUUAUCAACCAUGUCAAUUCAGGUCUAUAUGAAGAGGACAACCAAUGGAUGACUCAGAUCAACAGACUGCAAAAGCUGAUCGACCGUCUUGAAAAAAAGGAGCUGCGUCUGGAGCCUGUGGAAGAAGAGGUGUUGGAAAGCACCACCAAAUCACACAUUCUGAUCGUACAGAGGCAGCUCUCCGUUCUGGAAGAGGAGGUGGAGGAGUUUCGUCUGGCUCUCAGGCAGUAUAUCGACUGCGCCAGUGUCCAGACCGGCUGCCUCCAUGUUGCAGUUCAGAGGCUUGCCAAUGAAUCCCGCUUCAUACUGUACGAAUUCUGGGAGCAAAGCAAUGUGUGGAAAAAUCAUCUCCAGACCAAUUACAGCAAAACCUUCCAGAGAGGCAACGUGGAUUUCUUAGAGACACCAGAGAUUAUGACGACAAUGCUGGUUCCAGCAUCAUGGUGGGUCCUCAACAACAACUAGAACUUGUCAACUCUAUUUACUUUAGGUGAUGCCAGAAAUUACAUGGACCACACAUGCCAAGAUUGAUAUCUGUAUCCUUCUGUCAUCAGGAAGUGACCACUUGUGUUCAUAUUUGCUGUGUAGUCAUAGUGACUAGUACUUGUUGUCCAUUAUUUCAAUGUUGUUACAUUAUUAGCUCUAUAUGAAUAGUGUAAACUUUAGAUUAUAUCAAAUAAAGCAAUGAGAUCUGAUAGCACUCUGACACCAAUAGUUCCAAAUGUUUUAAUCAGAGAUACAUAAGCUAUUUGUUCAUCUUUGACAUGACAUUACAAUGAUGUGUACUGUCAUAUUAUGUACUGUUUGUCUAUAGAACAGGACUGUGUCUCUUACUCAUAAUAAUAUUAACCAUUAUUUUGAAAAUAUAUUCUUAUGUUAUUUUGUAGUUUGUCAUC